GACAAACCAACACCCAACGACACGACGACGACGCAACGACGCCUUCGCCGACCCUUCUCCUCUAAUUCUCUCGUUAAGCGCCAUCUACAACAGCAGCAAGGAUGUCCCAAUUCGAGCCUGUGGUCGUUAUCGAUGGCAAGGGACAUCUCCUUGGUCGCCUGGCCUCUGCGGUUGCGAAGCAGCUUUUGAACGGUCAGAAGAUUGUGGUCGUUAGAUGCGAAGACUUGAAUAUCUCCGGCGAGUUCUUCAGAAGCAAGCUCAAGUACCAUGCCUAUCUUCGCAAAGCUACCCGUUACAACAAGACUCGUGGUCCCUUCCAUUUCCGUGCCCCAUCGCGCAUCUUUUACAAGACUGUCCGUGGUAUGGUUUCUCACAAGACCGCCCGUGGUCAGGCCGCUCUUGAGCGCCUCAAGGUGUUUGAGGGUAUUCCUCCUCCAUAUGACACUAAGAAGAGGAUGGUUGUUCCCCAGGCUUUGAGGGUCUUGAGGUUGAAGCCUGGAAGGAAGUACUGCACUGUCGGAAGGCUGAGCCACGAGGUCGGAUGGAAGUACCAGGACGUUGUCGAGAGGCUUGAGGAGAGGAGGAAGGCCAAAUCGACAGCUUUCUAUGCCAGGAAGAAGGCCCUCGUGAAGAAGUUGGCUAUUGCGGCCGACAAGACUUCCACAAACAAGGAGGAAUUGGUGAAACUCGGGUAUUAGACUGUGUCGCAUAGCAGAAAAAUCGGCGCAAAAAUAAUAAUCUCAAGUUAAAUUCUCCUUUUCCAACGAACCUUCUUUUUUUAAAAAAACUUGUUUCCGUUUUCCCAAUCCGAUCGAUGUGCGACAAUUCCAAUUUUCUUCUUCUAGCCCUUUCCUUUCCUCUCGACGGGUAUCUCCUGGGUACGCUGGGAGUGUGAGGGGGGAAACAGAAAGGUGGGAGUCGGGUUUUUACAUUGUUCCGGGAGUGCCAUUAUGGAAUUAAGGGUUUUCGAAAGGGCCAGAGUGGGGAUGGGGGUGAUUGAUAUUGAUUUCGAUUGCUUGCUGGAUUACACUUUUUUUCUAUUCUCUCUUCGUCUCUAGCCUUUCCAUUUCUCUCCUUUUUUUCGUAACUAUUAUACACUCCGAGGAACCCUUUAAAAAAAAGCCCGACGACUUUUUCUUUUCCUCAUAUCUCAACCAUUUUCCUU